UUCGAUACAGCGUGGAAGGUCAUAAUGACGUUUACUUGUGUGCAGACAGACACAGACUCACAGGCAAGGCUACGGGGAGACACCGUUUGUGAUUGUAUUCGUGGGUGUCAAUGUUUUCGGCAGAAAUGUUUAAGAAGAAACCAAACAUUCCUCCACGACCAUCUCCCCCAGGAAUAUCUCAGUUAAUAGCAGAUCUAGAUAACUCGGACAGUGAUGAUAUUGUUUUCCAGAGAAAUAAACUUGCUCUAGAAAAUUUGCUGAAUGAAAUUGAAAACAGUGAAGAAGACAGCGGUGCUGGCGAUGAUGAAAAUGACCCAGAAAAAUUGUAUCUGCGGGUGAAAAAUUUUGUGGAAACAAAUAAUAUACUGCACGAGUACGUGAAAGCACUGGAGCAACAAAAUGACAACCUUCAAAUCUGUGACGAUGAAUUGAAACGAAUAGCAGAAGAGAUCCGGAAACAGGCGCAGCAAGCGCUAAAGUGAACUUGGUAUACCGCAGUUGCAAUAAAAGGAAGACAGCGUCUUUAAUAUGGAAUGAAUAGUCCGUGUUCCUGACGCAUAGUGAAUGUUUGCACUCUUUAUUGCCAUGUACUUUAGCUGUUCAGUGAGCGGCGAUGUGCCGUUUCUUUUGCACCUAAUGUAAAAUUUUAACUGGUGUGACUUUGUUUUAAAUUAUUUGAUUUCGCUUGUGUUUAUGUUGCAGUAUCAUCCUGUUGUUGCGUUUCAACAACUGAGUUGUAUUUGAAAAUAUUCAUGAGAGAUGAAUAUGUGGGUACAGUACCGUAAUUGAAAUGUGGGUAAAGUAGCUCAUAGAGUCAAUCUGAGGCGCCAAUGUAAUUAAAAGAAUAGCUGCUACUCACCACAUAGUGGAGAUGCUGAGUCGAAGAAAGGCACAGCAAAAACACUAUCAAACAACUAGCUUUCAGCCAACAAGUCAUUUGUCUAAAUUACACAAAAUACACACACUCAUGCAAAUGCAACCCACACGCGUAUUAUCACAGUCUCUAGCAAGUGGUUGUGUGUGCAAGAGUUGCAUUUGCUCGAGUGUGUGCAUAUGUGUAUGUUUAAUUUUGACAGAGGCCUUGUAGGGCGAAAGCUUAUUGUGUGACAGUCUUUUUUUUCCUUUGUGGAUUCUGUCACUCAGCAUCUCUGCUAUAUGGUGAGUAGCAACUAUCCUUCUUUUCAUUAUAUUAUUACAUUCCAUCCUGAUUUUCCAUUGUUCAAUCUGAGGCACUUGAGACAAUAGUCAAAUUGUUGUUGCACAGGACAUUAGGUAGAAAUACUUUUGUGAAUUGCUUCAGGACAGUGUGACCCCUGGUUCUUAGUUUACCAGUCACUUCACAUCACAAUGAGCAGAAUCCGGUAGGUGGAGCCUUUGGCAACAUUUAACAAAGAGCGGUGAUAUUUGUUAAUACAGUGCCCAAUGCUUGCAAAUUGAUUUGCAGGAAACUUUAACUUCAUUUACAGAAUAUAGUAGUGUACAUAUUUUUCCCAGCAAUAAUCUAUGUUGCCAUAUAUUUACAAAUGUGUUUGUAAACCAGUUUAUAUAUUCCAUAUCAUAGAUAUUGUGAAAUUGAUUGCUGGAAGAUGCAAAUUGCAUAUUAACCAGACACGAUGAUUCUCAGUAAAUAGUUUUGAACACACAUUUGGUACUUACAUACUACCAUACUUUUCACAGUGUCCAUUAAUUCUGUAUGUUAAGAAAGAAAAUAAAGAUUGUUAGAAAUU